AUGACUUUUAAAUCAACAAUUGUAAUUCUCUUGUUUGCGCUUCUUUGUCUAUUGGGUCACGUCAGUGCAAAAACACCUGUCGGUGCAGUCAGAGUCGAUCUCCAAUAUGGAGAAGAAUUACCUGAUAAAGAUCCAGGAGCCGACCUCAGCGACCCGUAUGUUAAGUUAUGGGUCGAUGGAAAUCCUAAACAAAAGUCGAAAGUCGUGCAUAAUGACUUAGACCCUACUUUUUAUCAGACUUUUUACUUCCUACUUUACCCGGGUUUUCAAAAUCUCCAUUUUGAAGUUCGAGAUCGUGAUCCUGGUCAUAAACAUGACGAUCUGCUGGGUAGGUCUGUAAUUAAUUUGAACGGUUUUUGUAAACCAGCUCCAACUUCGUGCUCUGAUACCGCAUUUGCCGUGUUAGACG